CCAAAGAGGCGCAGGGAGUCACUUUACCCUCGCUGUAUUUUUAGCAGCAGAGAACACAGAGUGAGGCUGGGAUCCAUGUCACUCUUUAUCCAACUCACUCAUUAACACAUACAUUCCUACAAGAUCCAUUUCCAUUUUUAAAUUGUCUGAUUGGUGAGAGGUUCCUGGGUUUCAUGUUUCUUAAGGCCUUCAGGAGUUUGACAUGACUUCUCUAAACAAGUUGGAAGAAGAAGAUAAACUUGGAAUGAGAUCUCAAUUAUUUUUUCCAGUCUGGUCACUCACUUUACAACACAGAGAUCUAUCCCUCCCUCCGUCCUGUCGGGUCCGGUCCUCCCUCCCUCCUUCUCCCAGCAGGGUGGAGUCAGUUGAUCUGACCGGUUUCAGGGUAAACCUCCAGUUGCAGAGGGGUGAUCUGCUCCUCCUGUCCUCCUUCUUCCAGAGGUUUCAGGUCCUUCUCAGUCGUGCUCCCUCUUUUUCUUUGGAUCCUCAGAUGUUUUAACUAAAACUCUUCCCAUUUUAUUUCCUCUGAUUCCACUUUUCAUCAGAAUUCCUGUCAUCUGAAAUAGAUCUACUCUUCUUCUUCCGUUCUUCUGUUUAAUAUUUGGAUCACUGGGUUCUGACGGGGACCCAACGCAAACCGACAAGCAAGAAUGACAGACAAAGCGGGCAUGCCUUCAGGUGGGGGAGGCGGAGAUGAUGCAGGAAACAUCAUGGCGUUGCUGGAGCGCGUGGCGGGCCUCAUGGAGAGCGUCCAGACCACACAGCAGCGUAUGGAGGAGCGUCAGUUGGAGCUGGAGAACACAGUGAAGACCAUCCAGACCGAUGUUGUCAAGCUGACCAGCGACCACGCCAACACCAGCUCCACCGUCGACCGGUUGCUGGAGAAGACACGUAAGGUCAGCCGCCACAUCAAGGACGUCAGGGUGCGUGUGGAGAACCAGAACAUCCGGGUGAAGAAGGUGGAGGUCACCCAGGGCGACCUCCUGGCCAAGAACAAGUUCAGGGUGGUCAUUUAUCAGGGCGACCAGGAGGUGAAGGCCAUUACACCCGGCAACGAGUCAGCAGAACCCAGUGGUGGCGCCAGAGGUGAGGUGGAACCGGACAAGUUCGAGCUUCCUCCAGAGUCGGACGAGGAGUACAUGGUAGUGGAGGAGGCCGACUCCUCAGCUGCCGGCCGCAUGAAGAAAACGGGCCUGACUCGCAUCGAGAGCUUCAAAGCCACUUUCUCCAAGGAGAACAUGAGCAAGACCCGCGAUAACCUGGGCACCAAGGUCAACAAAUUCGGUGAGCGCAUCGUGACGGCUGAGAGGCGUGAGAAGAUCCGUCAGUCCGGAGAGAGGCUGAAGCAGUCGGGCGAGAGGCUGAAGGAGACCAUCAGCAAGAGCGUCCCGGCCAAGCUCAACCUGAAGAAGGAGAGGACUGUGGCGGAGGGCCAGGAAGGAGCCGAGGGCGCCACGGACGGAGCCGUGCCCAUCCCUCCACCCAAGGGCCGCAAGGGCAGCCAAGAUGCUGCCAAGAUGGCUGCCGACGAGGGCAAGGCGGAGGAGUCAGAGGUGCCGAUGUACGACAUGAAGCAGUUAUCGUAAAUCGUGACAGUGAUGAGAUCUGGGGCGUUUUCUUUGGACUACUGUGACCACACAGAAGGAGCGGUUAAAGUCUGUAGGGGGCGCUGCUGCCAAGCAGAGCUGCAGGAGAGAGAAUAAUGAAGUUUAACUUUAGUUUGAAAGUGACUGAAGGAAGUGGAACGUACCGGUCGCAGAUCCAAUAAGAACAACAACAAAACUAACUCCUGAAAUCACUGAGGUGACACGAGUUCCGGACACUUUUAUUUUAAUCAUUAUUAUUAUUCAUCAGAACAUUUAGAGAUAAUCUUUUUAUUUUGUCAGCAAUAAACACUGACUGUGGAGAAACAUUCAUUUCCUCAUCAUCAUCUUCAUCAUCUUCAUCAUCUUCACUCUGCUGCUGCUCUCUGUUUCUACACAGGAGACAUUUCAUUGUGUGUUUGGUUUUGUCAAAUGUUCAAUGAUUAAAGUGAAAAUGUAAAAUCACAGAGUAAAACAUGAAUAUCUGUGUGUAAGUUGAACUAAAUAAAAUCAUUUGUCAUAUUUA